AUGGAGGCCCUUCAUGGCCCUCCGAACCCCUCAUCUUUCAUCUCGCUCGCUGAACAUCAGUCCCACACGCCUGAAUCCUUUUAUUCUGGCCCUCCGAUCCUGCACCACCUCAGCGAAAGAUGCAAGAUCGUGAUUCUCGAGGGGGAAUUGGCAUCUGUUUCCGCAUUAAGCGGCCUAAGGCCAGGUGUUAGUCAAGAGGCAACGAAUGGCGCUCAACCUUCUGAAGGCUCUAGUGACCAAGACAAGGAGAUUGUGAUUGAUGGCGUGGAUGUUUGGGUUACGUCCGAAAAACUACUGCUGUACAAUCCGUCUACAACGACAGGUGUCGCCAUCCCAUACCGUACCAUUUCGCUCCACGCGAUUCAGCGCCUCAGAUUACCAGACUCGCAAGAACGUAACGAUGUCCAAGGACUAUACAUGCAGCUGUCAAUUGGGGUCGAUGCAGAAGAGGAUCUGGAGGAAGACGCCGUCUCGCUAACCGUCGUACCCCCCGCGCCGCAGCCAGCGACUACGCAGGCACAAAGCGAGGGAGAAAACGAGUCUUUGCUUACAGACGACAAACCUUCACAAACCCCUACGGAGCUUCUCUAUGCUGCCCUAUCUGCCUGUUCUAAUCUGCAUCCGGACCCGGCCGACGAAGAAGACGACCUGGGCGGUCAGCCGUUGGCUGAUAGUGCGUUGUUCCAGAGUGGACUGGUGAUUCCCGGUAACAAUGCGGGCGGCCUUCCUCCCGCGAUGCCCGGAAGCGGAGGGUGGAUUACGGCGGAAAAUAUGCACGAGUUCUUUGAUGAGGAGGGUAAUUGGAUUGGUGAGGGACGAGGACCCCUAGGGCCUGGCGCUGGCUCAGUCCGGCCGCGGGAGGAAGAUGACGAGGGGAACCAAGCGGGAGAAGACGGUAGCGGUGCCGGAGCGGAAGAAACGAAAUGGCAGAGAACUGGAUGA